CGAGCGAAUUCCAAUCUUUUCAGAUCUCCCACAGAGACAGUAGGGCACCAUGUUCACUAAGAAGUCUCUCGUGACCCUCCUUGGAGGCCUGUCGGUCGCUCUGGCCCAGACUUCCUCUGAGCAAUAUCCUUCCAUUGCGGAGAUCGAAGCCGCUCAGGCUACUGUUCUGCCUUACUCCCCUGUCUCCAAUGUCCGGGGCCUCGCCUUCAAUCGCUUUGUCAACAUCUGGUUGGAAAAUACCGACUAUGACAAGGCUGCUGCUGAUGCUCACAUGUCUGCCCUGGCCAAGAAGGGUCUUCUUUUGACCAACUUCUGGGCCGUCACUCACCCCUCGGAGCCCAAUUACUGCGCUGCUGCCGGUGGUGAGACCUUCGGCAUGGACAACGAUAACUUCAACCAGGUCCCUGCGAACGUCUCCACCAUUGCCGACCUGUUCGACAUCAAGAACAUCGCCUGGGGAGAAUAUCAGGAGCACCUGCCCUACCCUGGCUACCAGGGCUUCCGCUACCCCGAGUCCGGCCCUAACGAUUACGUUCGCAAGCACAACCCUGCGAUUCUGUUCGACUCUAUCACUCAGGAUGCCACCAGACUCCGUCAGAUCAAAAACUUUACCAGCUUCUAUGAUGAUCUGAAGAGCCACCGUCUGCCCCAGCACAUGUUCAUCACCCCUAACAUGACCAACGAUGCUCACGACACCAACAUUACCUUUGCCGGUACCUGGUCCUGGAACUUCCUGUCUGAGCUGCUUGAGAACGAGUACUUCACCAAGGACACUCUGAUCCUCCUCACUUUUGACGAGAACUCGACCUACAAGCUUGGCAACAAGAUUUACAGCAUUCUGCUCGGUGGUGCUGUCCCCAAGCACCUGAUUGGCAAGGAGGACAACACCUACUACAACCACUACUCCGUGAUCGCUUCCCUGUCUGCCAACUGGGGUCUGCCCUCCCUUGGCCGCUGGGACUGCGGUGCCAACCUGCUCAGCUUUAUUGCCGAGAAGACCGGCUACGUCAACUGGGAGGUCGAUACCAGCAACCUCUACCUCAACCACAGCUACCCCGGUCCCCUCUCCACCAGCAGUCACACUCCUAGCUGGCCCGUUCCCCUGACCAAGGGAUCCUGCUCUGCUGGUCACGGCAUCCUGACGGCUGUCCACGAGACCUACAAGGACUUUGCUCCUACCUACAACUACACCAGCCCUGUCCCUUACGAUGCUGCGAGCAAGACCAACAUUGGUGUCAAGUACACUCGCAAGCUGAGGAACGGCCACGUUGAGACUCACAUCACGCAGUAAAUAUGUUUCAGAGAGCCGCCUAUGAGCCAGGCACAUGUAUAUAAUCAUCAGUUGUUAGAAACAUCCCAGAUGAAUACUGUAG